GUAUGUGUUGGAAUUGGGCUCUGUCCCUCAAUCAGAAGGCAACCAGCAUCAUGUGGUCACUAACUGCUCUUCCUUCACCUACUGAUGCCUCCCAAAAAGAGACGAGGCCAGCUGUCCCACAAAGCCCAGCUGCUAUUCCACCACCAACCAUUGGAGGGCCCCAAGCACCACUUUGGAGCCGUGCAGCAACGCCCCUCUCACACCCGGCAGGUGCCCAGCAAGCCCAUUGACCCAACCUCCGCUUCCUGGGUAUCACCUCAGAUUGAUACGACAGCAGAGAGUUUGUUUCCAGCACGCCGGAAACGUCAUCGAGAUCAGGCAAGACUUUCAAGUCGAAAAUCAACCUGCAAAUUCCCACAUCUGAUCUUUGAGAGUCCACAGUCUUCUUCCAGUCUAGAGACACCGGGAAUCCCCUUAGGCAGGGAGUGCCCCAGUGGAUUAGAAAAGGGUGCUUCCAGACAGCCCUUGGUUCCGAUGCUCAGUCCCCAGAGCUGUGGAGAACCAUCAGCACACACACUUCAGAGCUCACUGUGUGUCUUUGCUGCCCUGGACAUCCAGACCCCGGGGCCAUCUGUGAGGGAAGAUCUCAGUCCCCCACGACAGAGGGAAAACAGCUUUCCAGUCUGUGUCUACAGCCAGACUCCCGACAGCCCAGAGCCUGGGCCUGUUCUGGUUAAAGACACCCCAGAGGAGAAGUACGGGUUAAAAGUCACAUGGAGAAGGCGAAGACACCUACUUGCGUACCUCAGGGAGCGAGGGAAGCUGAGCAGAAGCCAGUUCCUGGUGAACCACUGACUAGAUUUCUCAGACAUCCUCUUCUCCAGCAGUCUUGUAAUACUGCUGAUUUUCCUAGAGUUGCUACAGUUCCAUUUCUAGUUUACAAGGCAGUAUACUGCAAGGAUAAACUACAGAUAAUACCAAUAGGAGAAAGAUUUUCACUAGACCCCAAGGUCCUAAGGAAUUUCAAUGCCCAGAUUUGCUCUUUAAGAUACCUUGUGUCCUGAACAGUUGAAUUUAGUGUCAUGAACUGUUUAUAUUUUUCUUUUAUUAACUGUUUAAAAUUUUUAAAUCUUGUAGUAACUCAAAAAUGUAUGUAAGUAAAUGGUUACAGAAAGUUUUUAGAGAACUUGCCUGUCAGCAAUGCGGCAAUAUUGCCUGUCCACAAAUGUUCAUCUUUGUUUCCUUUUCUUAUUAAUCCUUUAUCUCAUCUAACCUAAUUCUUUCCUUUUUUGGUGGUGUUGGGACCAAAUACAGGCCCUUAUGCAUGCUAGGCAAGUGUUU